AGAUCAACUGACUUCCGGCCAGGCCGUUGUCUGGGUGGCGCGGUCGAGUCAUCGCUGGGCCUCGCAGCUUCGAUCUCCCAUCCCUGCCCCCCCGCCCUGGCGCGGGGGGUCGACCAGCCAAGUGGGGUGGGAGGCGACUCGGACCUUCCCCUCCGUUCCGCUCUGGCCAGCUCCCUGGCCCCCCGCGCUGGGGUCCCUGGGGCCCGCGAGGCCCGGUCUGAGGGGCCGGGGCCUACGUGGGCCCGCCGCUGGGCCCCAUGAGGCAUAGCCUGACCAAACUGCUGGCGGCCUCGGGCAGCGACUCCCCAACUCGCAGCGAGAGCCCGGCUCCAGCCGCGACCUGCUUGCUGCCCCCGGACCUGACCCGGGCGGCGGCGGCGGCGGCGGCGGCGGCGGCAGCAGCAGCAGCAGCAGCGGCAGAGGAGGAAGAGACCGCGGCGGCCGGAUCUCCCGGCCGCAAACAGCCGUGCGGCGACGAGGGCGAGUUGGAGGCCGGGAGGGGGGGCCGCGGCGGCGUGGCCGUGCGCGCGCCCUCGCCCGAGGAGAUGGAGGAGGAGGCGAUCGCCAGCGUCCCGGGGGAGGAGACGGAGGACAUGGACUUUCUGUCCGGGCUGGAACUGGCAGAUCUGCUGGACCCCCGGCAGCCGGACUGGCACCUGGAGCCCGGGCUCAGCUCGCCCGGGCCUCUCUCCUCGUCCGGCGGAGGCUCGGAUAGCGGCGGCCUGUGGAGAGGGGAUGACGACGACGAGGCCGCUGCUGCCGAGAUGCAGCGCUUUUCCGACCUGCUGCAGAGGCUAUUAAACGGCAUCGGAGGCUGCAGCAGCGGCAGUGACAGUGGCAGCGGCGAAAAGAGGCGGAGAAAGUCCCCAGGAGGAGGCGGCGGCAGCAGCGGCAACGACAGCAACCAGGCGGCGACAAAGAGUCCCCGGAAGGCGGCGGCGGCUGCUGCCCGUCUUAAUCGGCUGAAGAAGAAGGAGUACGUGAUGGGGCUGGAAAGUCGAGUCCGGGGUCUGGCAGCCGAGAACCAGGAGCUGCGGGCCGAGAAUCGGGAGCUGGGCAAGCGCGUGCAGGCACUGCAGGAGGAGAGUCGCUACCUACGGGCCGUCUUAGCCAACGAGACCGGACUGGCUCGCUUGCUGAGCCGGCUGAGCGGCGUGGGACUGCGGCUGACUACCUCGCUCUUCAGAGACUCGCCCGCCGGUGACCAUGACUACGCUCUGCCCGUGGGAAAGCAGCAGCAGGACCUGCUGGAAGAGGACGACUCAGCGGGAGGAGUGUGUCUUCAUGUGGACAAGGAUAAGGUGUCGGUGGAGUUCUGCUCGGCGUGCGCCCGGAAGGCGUCGUCUUCUCUUAAAAUGUAGGGUCAAGUAAUCUGCUCUUUAUCCGCGUUUACCCCUUUCAACUCCCUUACACCAUGUAAAACACCUUAGUGGGACAUCUUCACUGGACACAUUUCAGAGGAGGAAAAAGUAAUAUUGAAUCUUUAAGUGUUUAGCUAAAAGCAUGAAUGUGACACUGUAACCAACUCCUAAUGAUAACAUGUGACUAUUAAAUCUCUCUGACAGUUUCUUUUUUAGGUGAUUUCCUUCCUGCCAGGCUCCGUUGUAGGGGUUACAGAACAGUCGUUCCCGCCUCACAACCUGACUUGCGUGUACCUAGCUCUUCUGUCCCCAGUGUGGACAUGGCCUUGGAUGACAUCGGUUCCAACUGUACACUGAAAGCUGCUAAUAGAGAUACAGUUUGGAGACAGUGAAACAGGUGAAGUUGAAUGGAAGUUCCGAGUUGUACAAGGUGCAAAUUGGAAUUCCAAUUUUAGAGCAACUUUUUAGAGGUUGACAAUAAGUAUUUGGGCUUGCACAAAUGUGAUAGUUAUUUUGCUGGAGAUGACAGAAAUAUCUUAAAAUAUUUGGGUAUGCCUUUUAGUUUUCAGUAGGAGAUCUAGAAAUACAAUCUAGAGUAAAAGAUUUUAAUAUCUCACCAUUAAAGAAGUUGGAAAAUAACAUGCAUCUCUGUUAAUUAAUUGAAGGAGAAUAAGAAUGGUUAAUGAAAUGUUUCUUUGAGGACCAGCACAGUGAUUACCCUAUCACUGACUAUAAAUAAAUUGUUGAACACCUUUACUUUUGUUGUAUUAAAAUUUAGGUUAAAUUUAUGUAUGAUUAGAUAUUGAAGGUUGUGAAAUGUGAAUGAAAACGUGUAAAGUGAGGCUUCACAAAGAAUCUUACUCUCCUUAUUUCAAAGGUUUUUGUCCUAUUUAAAAAUAAUUUUUGAAAUUGAGUGGUUCUGGCUACCUAAAGACAUGAUUGACACUUUUUCCAAAGAUGGGACAUAUUCUUCCCUUGAAGUACUGUAUUAUUCAUUGUCCAAUUGUAUAGAUUUAGUGUCCUUCAGUGUAAGAGGCAUUAAGAAAUUCUUUGUGAAACAUCACUGUUUGAUAAAGUAUAUACAUAUUUAGCAUCCUUGUUUUUCUUUGUGCUAAAGUGGAUACAGCUGUUGGGGCAGAAGAGACGGGACCAGCUGCUGGCCACAUAUCCUGCUUUAUUUUAAAAGGUAGUAUAAGAAAUGAGGAAAAAGAGGUAAUAUCAGGGCUUCUGCUGUCUUUUAUUUUAAAAUGUUCAUAAUUAAAAAGUAUUUUCCAGCAGUCCAAAGAUGUAAGUUAUCUUACACAUGUUUUAUUUUGUUGUUAUUUGGUUAUAAAAAUGGAAUCCUUGUUCUUGCACAACUGUAAAUGUUUUGUUGCUAGAUAACACAAUUUGAGACCUAGGUUGGUCUCUGGUUUCCAGUGCAUUACAGCAUAUUUUGUAAAAUCACCUACUGCACUUCAGCAUGAAUGGGUAGUAGCCAAAUUCACAACCUGGAGUGAUGAACCUGCUUAUACCUAAGUGCAGGAGCAAGCCCCUCACAAUGCAGCUGCAUGGAUUUUUAGUGCCUACUGAAUUAUAUAUAUAUAUAUAUAUAUAAACCAAAAGUAGUUGGAAAAAUUAUUUGAAAUGACUAAUUUGUGCUAUCUCUAUGGAAUAUGUUAAAUGUAGCUUUUUGAAACAGAAGCCUUGAAUUGAAAUUUAAUUAAUACUUGAACGAACAAUUUUGUAUAUAUUUCUUUGUAUAUAAUUUUGUGCAGUACCAAUGACAAAAAUAUGGUGUCAUAAUAAAACCAGGUUUGUUGAUCUUUCAGUUAUGGGCUCAAAGAAUUUAUUCAUCUCUAACAUGACAUUGGAAAAUAAUGGAUGAAAAUAGGAAAAAUGAUUGUUGUUAAUGCUGACUGUGGGUCUUAAAAGGUUCUGGAAGCAGUAAGUGUGUUUUUCUAAAACCAUUCCCUUGGAAUAUUUUCUUCUAAUGUCAGUGCUUUUCCUGCAUUAUUUGAAGUUCGGGGCUGGGGAGAAACAGUAGUCAAAGCUUUCUGAAUUGGGAUGCUUUGAAAAUUCCAAGUGUAGAUUUUUAGGAUGUCAUUUUAUAAAUGGCAGUUUUUGGAAUUACUUGAUUAAGAACUUUUGAAAAUGGAGAUUAGUAUUGCCUAUUUUUAAAGCUGCUUUGUUAGGCUCCUUGUUUUAACUGUCUUUUCUUAGUUUCCAUUUCAUUCUUUUUUUUUUUUUUUUCCUUUUCUAAUUUUGGUGACUUAGUGAUUUUGUCAUUUUUUACAUCAACUUCAUGGUCUUGUUUUUACAUGGUAUUGCAUGUGUUUAGGACCUAUCUAAUGGGGUUUAAAUAAAUUUGAUCAUAUUUAUGUGUAAGCACAUUUUACUGUAAAUGUUUGGGUUUCUGAAUUUACAACAGAUCUGUUUAUUUCAGUAUGUAGUAAACAAUAUCUUAAAGUGUCCUAUUCACUACUUGUUAAUUAAAAAAAGUUAUGAUUAAUAUGAAACUGUUGUCUUACUAUUUUUAGAAAAUUGUGUUCUGAAUGAUUAGUAGUUGGAUAAAGGAGAUUUCUGGAAUAUAUGGAUUGUGUUGAAAUUUUAAGGUUUGGCUCUAUUUACUGUAGAGAUUGAAAACAUCUUAGUAUUUGGGGAACUUUUUUUUUUUUCAUCAUCUUCCCUAAUUGCCUCUAUGGCAAAAUGAUACAGAAUUAGUGUAAAGAGGGUAGUUUUUUGAUACUUGUUUUCUGAUGGUGACAGGAAUUCAUACAUUAAUUGAACUAACACACCAUAUUGACCUCCUAUUUCUAUCAUAUUGACUUAUUGUUUCUGCACUUUCUUGACCAGUUCUAACUAAAAAGGUACACGUUUGUUAAAAUGUCACACCUCUGAUAUAAUCCGGCAAAAAGUGUUCGAAAUAUUUUAAAUAUUUGUGCAUUUUGUAAUCACUAAAUUAAUCUCUUUCUCUUCUCUUUGAACAGCUUAGCAGUGUCUGCAAAAACGAAUCUUUUCCUACAACCUGUUAACUGACUGGACUGAUGGUAACAAAGUAAUUGUGGGAGCCAUGUCGGUCAAAAAUUUGGCAUCUGCUGAAAAAAAUGAAUGCCAUUUUCAAGUUCCCAAAUUACUUCUAUACUGAUUUCACUUUCCAGAUUUCACUUUUCAGAAAUGGAGAUAUGAAAAGAUUCUCUGGAAUCCUUGAAAGACUUACUAGAAAUACAUGAGACUAAGUUAAUUUUGGAACAAAAUUAUACUUUUUUUUUUUUUUUUUUUUUUGGUCUUUCAUGGGAGUGAUGAUCAGUUCUUUGCAUAAUUUAAAAAUUGUAACUAUUGGAGAAGAGAAUUGCAGUAUUUCAUCAAGGAAUAUUAGAUUCUUUACAUAAUCAAGAACACAUUCUAUGGAAUAACAUUCAGUGGUGUAGAAUUACAUAAACAGGCCAUCAGGGAUCACAAAGCGUAUCAUGAGUUUGUAUUUAUUUCCUGGAACUUGAGAGCUAAUCUUCAGUAUAGGCAGACCUUGCUGAGUUGAAUAUAAAAGUUAAUGUAAAGACCUUAACUAUAAAGAGUAGUCUUUUUAAAAUAGAUGCAUUGAUGUGUCAUGUGUAUCUGAAAAAAUUAUGACUGAAUAUGUGAGUAGUUAUUUGCAAUUCAGGGUAAUAGGAUGUUCGCAUUCUGAGGUUUUGGCUUCUUGAGUUUUCUCUGAGUACUUGACACUUUUUUGACUAUUUUGAGGUUUCUAAUGAAUGGUAUCCUAGUUUCUGAUGUUAUAUAUUAAAAUGUCUCCAGUGUUAUGUAAGGGCUUUAGUAUUUUGGAUGAUGGGAGUGUUUUUUUUCCACAUAAUAUGGUUGUUUUACUUAAUUGAAACAUUUUUCCAGUUUAUUACAAGUGUGAAAAAACACUCA